UCACGACCCGUGCCCUACCGCUGCUGCUGCUGCUGUUAGCGAGCGUGGCGACGUUUGAGCAACGUCCCUUACCGAAGCGCAAAGAGCAAGGACACGGGAUUAAAAAAAAAACCCUCCCCACUUCGGCUUCACAACAAGCGCAGCCAAGAAGCAAGGAGCCACGCAGCAUUCUACCGUCACUUCCUUCCCGUUUUGUAGAGAAAUAGAGAGAGGGGUCAAACAUCUCCCUCCCUCUUCCUCCUCCCCGUACCCCCCCCCCCCCUUCUCUAGCCGCUCGAGUGGGCAGAGCGUAAGUCGGUGGAGCUCCCUCUCUCUCUCUCUGUUUCUCUCUCUCCUCAUUCUCUCUCCGCUGCUACUCUGUCGGGGGCAAGUCGGGAGCUAUGUCGUCUAUUCCUGACGACGUGAAGAAUCUGUUGGAAGAGGUGGAGCAAUUUCUGUCGGAAGCGCUCGCAUCGGAGAAGUCUCUGGGGAAGAAAUGCAAGGAGCGGAGGGAGGCUCUGCUGAAGACUCUCAAUGAGCUGAAAUCCCGGUACCAAGAUGUUUUUGCGAAAGAGUGCGAUCAGGAGAGCAACGGGCAGAGUAGCGACGUGAGCUCCACGUCCCAAACGGAUCUCACGUCCGAACCCUCGGAAGCAGCGCAGGAAGACGCUGCUGGUCACGAAGUCUAUGUGCAGCUCCCGGCCAUUGCUGCUUCCGACUUGCCCAACGUCAUCAAGGCCGGGUUCCUUGACAAGAAGAGGAAAGAUCACAACUUCUUCGUGGGUGAGUGGCAGAGGCGGUGGUGCGUCCUCAGCUCCAACGCCCUCUACUACUACGGAGACCGCAAAGACAAGCAGCAAAAGGGCGCCGUGCCUCUGGCCGGCUACUCGCUGCGCGCCACCGAGGCGAAUCGCAAGGACAGGAAGAGCUGCUGCAGCUUCGAGCUGUCGGCUCACGAGAAGCGCAGCUUCCAGUUUUCCACCUCCUCCCCCGACGAUGCCCGUUCGUGGAUGAGUUACAUCCGCCAAGUCAUCCGGGACUUACGCUCCUCUGUGAUCGAGGAAGAGGAGGACGAGGAUGAGGAUGGUGGGGAGCUCUACGAUGACAUCGAUCCGAUAGAGCAGGUCAAGGCCACACCGCCAGCAACCAUCAUGCACAAGGAGGAGGUGGUGGUGGAUCCAAUCGAUGAGGACAUCUAUGAACUCCUGCCAGAAGACGACGAGGAGCCGGUGGCGGUGACGCGGACUGACGCAGCCAAAGCGGCCCAAGCCCCACCACCUCCCGUUGCCUCCAAGCCCGAGCUGAACUCAGCCACUGAAGCGUGGGACGCGACGCAGCAGUACAACAACUUCUACCAGGGCCUGUGGGACUGCUCGGCCGACUGCGUUGACGAGCUGUCCUUUCAGCGCGGAGACCUCGUCCACGUGCUCAGCAAGGAGUACGAUGCGUUCCGCUGGUGGGUGGGAGAGGCGAACGGCUCCGUGGGCCUGGUCCCCAAGGACUACCUCAUGGCGGCCUACGACACCUAGAGCACGCCACGCGGACUCUCCCCCACGUGACACUCCCCCACGUGACUCUCCCGCACGCGACUCUCCCCCACUUGACU